AUGAACGAAAGAAAGUUUGAGGUGACUUUGGAGAAGCAGUUGGAGCUUUUCAGAACGGCAACUGAGUGGUCUGACUUGGUAGCGUAUCUGACCGGUUUAGAGGGCAUCCUCCGUGCAAAUAAGUACAGCAAAAUACCGAAAGCACACCUUCUUUACAGGAGGCUCAGCCAGUGCCUGAAUCCUGCCCUGCCUGCGGGAGUCCACAUGAAAGCUCUGGGGGUAUACCGAAUAUUCAUCCCGAAGCUCCCAAAAGAGACUCUUGCAGAGGAUGUUGACAUUCUUCUUUUGGGCCUGUUCAGCUUCUACUCGCACUGCAGCAUUACGACAAUUCCCUCGUAUUUGGACCUUUUGAAGCUGAUUAUUACCAUUCUGGGGAAUGCAAGCGCGAAAAUCGCGAAAAACCUUAUUUUGGGGGUUAUUAUGGGGCUAGAAGAGAAAAACACAGAGCAGUUCAGCAUAACCAUGGAGAUUAUUGCAGCGCUGAACAAGUGUGUGGGGCAGGACUUGCUUAUUAAAAGCGUCUGGGAGGUCAUGGGGCACUCUGUGGAGCUGGUUCCUGGGUGUCUCGCAUACGUUGAGAGCGCAGACAUCGGGUUUAGCUCUGUAAAGUCGCACGAAGAUGUCGUUACGCGGGGGUUUACAACGGCCCUGCACUCGAAGGAAACGGUAGUCCUGAGAAAGGCGUUUGAUAUACUGAUGGCGUACUCAAACGACGGAUAUGCGGGCCUUUCAGAGAUUUUCAGGUUUGUUUUGAAAUUGCUCCUGAAAAAGGAAAUAUCGUUGGUGAAGCGAGUGCAGGCGGCGAUUUCCUUCCUUGUGAGUGGCCCAGAGGGCUUUGAAAAGAUCAUCGCUUCGUUGGAGGAGAUAUUCCACGAGUCGCCACAGGUCUAUUUUAAGGUGCUGAUGGCGCUUAGGCAGAACGUGCAGGAAGCACCUGAAAUCCUGAAAAGAAGCCUUGUCUUUAUCCUUUCAAAUCUCACGGAAAGCUCCCUCGAGGGUGCAAAGCAAUUUUUGCAAGUUGUAGACAAAAGAAUUUUCUGGACGCUUUUUGUCGAAAACUUCAACCGAAAUUUGGUGAAUUCCGGGAUUGCGCAUGGGCUUGUGGACGAGACCAGCCGCACAGUGGAGCUUCCGGCGAUUCUUUUGCAGGCCCUGAAAAGGGGCAUGCUUCCGUACGAGUGGAACGAAUUCGUGAGCUUUAACGAGAGCGUUUAUUUGGAGGUUUGCGCCAUACUGGGGGAAAAAAGAGGCGACAUUGAGGCUCUGCAGGUGUUUUUGUACUUCCUGAGUCUGCCCGUUGAAGAGCACCUGGCUGACCUGCGGAAAGGCGGAAUAUGCGUUAUUUUGGAGAGAAUUGAGAGUAUCUGGGAGGGAAAUCCGCCCGAAGAGGUCCAUGAAAGGAUCGUUUCCGUCCUGGAAAGGGUUCAGGCACCGAUCGGGCUUUCAGAGGCAGCCUUCCAGAAGGCGUUUUCCAGCGCAAAGGCGCACUUUCGGGUAUUCUGGAAGUACGACCGGCUUUUUCAAGGACGCCUCCAGGAAAUGCUGCUCCAGGACAUUGUCUACGUGCAGGGCAAAGUCCGGAAGGGCGUCGACAAUUCGAAGGAGCUUGGAGAGGCGCUGGACCUGGUAAAUUCCAACGGAAAAUCCGAAAUCAGCGGACACUUUUCUGCAUUUUUAAUCUCCUUUUGCAACUCCAACAGCUUCGUAAUCCGGAAAAAAGCCCGAACUUUCUGCAAGAAGAAUCUUCCGCACCUGAAAAUUCUGAAAACCGUUUUUGAGCACCUGAACAACCCGCUGGAAAGAGAUUUCCAGCGAAAAGGCACGUGCCUUUUGGUGGACUGCGACUACAACCGAGUCCUGUUCGGCCUGCAAACCCUGAAGGGCGUUCUCCUGCACUCAGAGGGCGCUUUCUCGCGCCUGCUCUCCCCGGAAAUAAACUUGGAAAAAAGCCUGCAGAGAGAAACAGAGAGCAUUUUUGACCUGGUAGACUUUUAUUUUGAAGCAAAGCCUUCAGGAAAAGACUCUCCGGGCAGAGACUCUGCCCCAGGGGAAAACAGCACGAGAGUUCUCACGUGCCUGGCGGUGCUUCUUUUCGUGUACUCGACAGGCACGUACUCCUGGGCAGACCCUGAAAACCAGAUGAAAUCCCACGAGAGCGAAAUCAUCUCUCGAUCGAUCGAACUCCUGAAGAAAGUCCUAGUAAAAGUCUCCCAAAAGGGAAAACUUGUCCCCAAAAGGACUUUUAUAACGGCAAUCCUGAAAAAUGCAGGGACCGAGAAAUCCUUCCAGGAUGCGCUGGAUAUUGUUCCUGCGCACACAGCAGAAGAACAUCACACGACACUUUCCGACAUAUACGAAAGUUCCCCCGAAAUGCGGAAAGUUCUUCUUCGCUACGCAAUUUCAUCCCGGGGAAAGGCCCUUCUGUUUAUCCUCCUGCAGAAAAUGGCGAGUAUUUCCGAAAAGUGCUCCGAAGAGCUGCAAAACAUCGAGUAUGUGCUGCAGGAGACGCUGGGAGUCCCCGCGGAAGGAGCCCCCGGCAGGACAAAAGAGAGCAUCCUCACAGACCAGGAAACAUUCGCUUUCCUCGUCUUUCUGGUGAGUCUGAUCGCAUGCAACGAGAAAGCAGCACAGACCCUGCAGAAACACGGCAUUUACGUGCACGAAAAGUACCCAAACCAUCUGGUAGAGGCUAUUUUGCACGUCUACACCCUCUCCGGGUCGAUAAAAGCAGUCGAUUUCAUCCCCCCGGAGGCACAAGAGCCAGUUUUUGCUGCCGUUUUAAGACUCUCUCCCCCGGACAUUUCCCCACAGUAUCGACUCCUCCGCGCCUGGACCAACUACCUCGCCCCAGCCCGUGCCUUCGAAGGAUCCCACGUUUUUGAUGGAAUUUCCGCCGUUAUUUCCCAACUGAAAAUCAGACAAAAAAACACGGAAAUCCUCCGGUUUCUCGCAGACUUUGUCCAAACACUCCAGUCCCGCGACGUUUUUGCCACUUUCGUGCAAAAAAUAUUCGAAAGUUACGUCUUUUUCUCAGUGAAGCUCGGCCUCCGGAAGAUCGAGGAAAAGCCAGAAAAGCGCCCAGAACUCCUCGAACUCCUGGAAACGCUCGAAUCCUUCAUCUCCGAAACUCUGCGCCGUGGCAUCACCCUCGACCUGCACGGAAUCUGGACCACCCUCCUUUUCCCGUGCUAUAAACUGCCAAAUCGUGAUCCGAUACCUGAAAAAGCCCUGAAAAUCACAAAAGAUUUCGCAGACAUCGCAGAGAACAAGCAGUGGCGAAAGGACUUCUACGAGCACCUGCAAUCAGACAGAUUCUUCAAAGACUCCCCGGAAAAUCUCCAGGUAAAACUCGACAUCCUCGCAAAAGUCCCAGACACGGAGAAACUCGCAGACUUCCUCGCAAGGUCCAACUCCACCGGAUUCUUCAUGCGAGACGACAUCCAAAUACGGGCUGCCCUCAUAAAAAGAGUCCGCUGCAUGGUCCAGGCAGGACCCUUCUCCGAGUACGUGGAAAGUUCCCCCGGCCUCUUCGCCCUGAUCAGCGAAAUGUUUUCCGUCGUAAACCUCUCAAAGCCCCUCCUCUCCGAACUAUUCGGCCUUUGCAGCGCCCUAAGCGUGAAAAUGCCUGCAAAUACGCUCGUGAAUAUGUGGCCAAUUUCCGUGAGCGAAGCCGUGGGAGCCCUCUCCGCAGAACCUGCAGGGGCGAACCUGGCAGCUGCCUUCUCCGCAAUAAAGUUCCUGAAUGUAGUAAGCUCCCUCGACUUCCCGGAGGUAAUCGAGUUCCGAUGGUACGUGGAAAAUCUCACUCCCCCAGCCUCUUCCCCGCCCUCUCCCGCAGAAAAACGCACUCCCUUCCCCGUGGAAAACUGCGAACUCUCCGAGAGCGUCCUCUCCCACGCAAUAACUUCCGUGAGCAGGCACCAUCAAGCACAAAAGCACGCAACGGAGUCAUGUCGUGAGUCUCUUUUUGAGCUCCUGAAAAACGAUCUUCUCGAACCUGAAGAGAGCCCUGUGAAAGUCCAAUAA